AUGUGGAAGAGUAAGCUCUAUGCUAUUGGGACUGACCACCAUUUCAUGCAAGCAGCUAGCCAAUUCUUAACCUGUAAGUUAGACAAAAUUCCUUUCAAGUUUCUUGGUUUGGUAGUGGGAGACAACCCAAGGAGAACAAAAUUCUGGACUCCUAUUUUGGCAAAUUUGAAAGCAAGACUCAGUCCUUGGAUUGGAAGAUUAUUGUCCAUUGGAGGUAGAGUUACUCUCAUCAAUUCAGUCAUAACUACUGUACCUAUAUAUCACAUUUCUUUCUUCAAAAUUCCUAAGAAGGUGAAUAUAGAGAUAAUCAAAAUUCAACGUAAUUUUUUAUGGCAGAAUGCUUUGGAGAGGAAAUGGGUGGUCUGGAUAAGCUGGAAAACAAUUAACAAACUCAAGGAAGAUGGUGGUCUUGGAAUAAAGGACAUAUUGACUUUCAAUAAGGCUCUUCUAACCAACUGGCUGUGGAGAUUUGUUAGUGAAGAAAAUACUAUUUGGAAAGCAAUUUUAGAAGAAAGAUAUGGGAUUUUGCAUGAAAGAAUUCUGUUCAAAGUCAAAAAAUCAAACAAGAAUCUCAAAUCUGUUUGGUGGAGGGAUUUGAUGCAGAUUGGAGAUGACUUGGAGGAUUUUGGCUUCUUACAAAUGUUGUCCAUUAAAAUAGGGGAUGAAAACAAAACUCCUUUCUGGCAUAGUAGGUGGAUUGUUGCAGUCACUGCGGUUGCGGCUAUUGCGGUUGUUGCGAUGCGGAAUGCGGUCGUUGCGGCGUGA